AUGGUUACUUUGACUAAAUUGGAAAAGAUCAGAAAAGAGGAGAAGGCCAAGGAGUUUAAGCCUUUGAUCGACGAUCUAAUUAACUGCACUGAUGCGGAAUUUGUGGACAAAUUGACGAAAAUCGUGGAGUGGGACAGAUCAAGGGACGACCUGUACACAUGGAUUCCAGUGCUCAAUAGAAUGGACGACAUUCUGAACCGAAUUUUGGAUCGCUACUCUUACCGUAGUGCCAACCGCAAGACCGAGCCAGUGAGGCUGACCAUGAUGAACCUAGAUGACGAAAAUCGCACCAAAGAAUUAUUGUGGUUCAGUUGUCGUCUGCUCAACAACAGUUGCAAUCGAUCACUAUACUCCUCGCUGGACGUUAUGAGCCAUCUUCUUAAUUGCCCAAACUAUGGAGUCAAACUUGGAGCUAUGAAAGUGAUUGCCAUCAUGGGGGAGCAACAGGUUGUGUCGCGGCAAAAGAUCGACAACAAAAACCUGCUGGGCAACAAAGACCUGAAAAGGAAAGCCCUCGACCUCGCCUUAGCGCUUCCAUCCUCCACUACGGAUGAUACAAUGGACCAUUUUGCAUUGGUGGACCUCUAUUUCGAUAAGAAAAAAUACCCUUCGAAGUGGUCAAAACUCAAUUUCAGUUAUUACACGACGUCGUCCCCGUCAUCCUCAUCAUCCAAAUCACAAGCAGCUGCCAGGUUUGGCAGUGGAGCGUUGAAACAGUUUGCAAUGAGCGCGGAAGAAAUUUCAAGUUUAUCCCUCCAACAACUCUUCGACAAAGGUAUGGCUGAAAUUCCCUCUGAUAGAUGGUUCGAAUUCUCUUUGCAUGCCACCAUUGCCAAAGCUUUUUGCGACAACACUUUUGAAAGCCUUGAUUUGAGGAACCUGAUCAUACAAACAAAAUUCAACGCCAUAGCGUACAUUAACGCUGUUUAUAUUCCUGCUCAAGUCAGCUCUCAACUAUUCGAGGUCGAUCCUUACACGUUCAACACUCUGACUGACUUUAUCUCGUUGUCCGAGCGGAAGCUACCGAAGAACUUGAGAAUGGAUGCACUUUUUUGUUUGGAAUGUGUGUCACUCAAGCACAUAUGGUGUUCAGACAUCGUCAGAAACUUAGGCGGAAAUAUGUCACACGGACUUCUUUUCCAAAUAUUAAGAUACAUUGCAAAAAUAUUGAGGGACAAGAAUCAUGAAGAAAUAGACGAGGAAUACAAUGUGAGGUUCUUUUAUCUCGUUUCAAACUUGGCUGACGUCAAGUCCCUGCAGGACUCUUUACUCACGGCAGGCCUUAUCCCAAACCUUCUAGAGGUGAUAUCUAUCAAGGACUCCCCAUUCAAACGCACCUUGGCCUCUGCGACUCAUCUCUUGGAAGUUUUCAUUGAUGAUGCUGAUGCUACCACAGAGUUUAUUUCUCAUAACGGUUUCAAUAUCCUUAUCGAAUGUGUCAACGAGGAAGUGUCGUUUGCGUUGGAGCACCCAGAAUUUGGGAAACCACCGAAAUAUCCGGUUGUUUACUAUUCCAUUUCUUUUCGUCAGCUCGGUUAUAUCAGAAGUUUAUUAAAACUUGUUUUGAAACUUCUCAAGACAGACUCGGGCGAUAGAAUAAGAAAUUUGAUUGACUCUCCGAUACUUUUUGCCUUGAACAAGAUCCUGGGCAACAGGCCGGUCUUUGGUUACACUCUUGUCACCUAUGCAUUAGAUGUCGUUCAGACAAUCAUUAACACUGAGCCGACAAUCUACCCCAUUUUAGUGGAAUCUAAGACAAUUCCAUAUAUUUUUGACCACUUCCAAGACUUUUUAGGACCAUCGGGGGAACUUCUUUCGCUACUACCAGAGCUUAUUUCGGCAUUGUGCUUAAACGUUGAUGGUCUAGGGCAAGUUAAAGAAAAAAAUCUCAUAGACUAUCUGUUCGACAUCAUGAAAACUCCAGAACUUGCUAAAAUAAUGUCGUGGGAAGAUUCAGCGAUUGACCUCGGUACUUCUAUCGACGAACUCGCCAGACAUUACCCCGAUUUAAAGCCAGCCAUUGAAAGGAACUUUCAAAUCACAGUAAAGGCUUUGCCUGACAUAAUAGAGUUCAAUCAGCCUUACGUUUACAGAUCCAUAACAGGCGAAGGAGAAUUCUAUCGCUCGAAAACCGAUAAAAUCGUGGACAAUGAACUCGAUAGUUUUGAAAUCGGUAGUGGGGCCGUGGAACAGCCUUUUUCGGUUUUGGACUGCUUUUCUGCUGUUUUCUACGGAUUGACAUUAGAGAAUGUUUCUUGGGCGAGUCUCGCAGAUGAAAUCGACAUUAAAGACAUGCUGAAAGUGGUGAUCCAAGAGAGACCACCAUUCGACUACGUUGGAUCUCAGACCUUGCUAAACUUCUCGGACAUCCUCAAACUGUUCGACGACGAAAGGAGAAAUUAUGCCCUACCCGCGUUGAUGAAGCUUCUCUCUGAAAAGCUAACGGAAGUAGAAGGUUUUCUCAACUUUCCUUUUGAAGAAUCAUACGUUCUAUCAACGAGUUAUGAUGAGGUCGAUGAGACUUUACGCAAGUUGUCAGUGAUAAAUGUUAUUCUUUACGUCAUCACAGACAUCUACGUGAACAUUGCUUCUCUUUUCCCAAUCCGUGUGCUGCAGAUCAUGGAGUUUUUCGAGCAAAACGGCCUGGAGCUCAUAAGUAAGCUGGGUUUGCUAUUUCAACGAAGUGCUUUAGAGGAGAUGUACAUUCGCGACAGGUUACCUGAUCAAGUUGCAAGCGAAACGACUGUGAGGCCCAUAGGUAACACUCCGCCGCUGACACUGUAUGCCAGCAAGCCAAAAAAAUCAGAAAGCACCCCACCUAAAACCUCUGCAAAAUUCAAGAAUACCUUGCAAGAGCGACACCUUUUUGUCAAAAUGCAAUCUUGGGUGUCAAUGCUUUUCAGGUGCUUUUUGAGAAUGACUCACGCAAGGAAAAUGACUAUUGAAGCUUCAGAUAGGGCUUUCGAGAUCAAAAUUUUCGAUACAGCUGUGAACGAAAUUGUCAGGAUGAUGGAUUUGAAAUAUUUGGAUUCCCAUCUCGCUUAUUAUUUGGUGCUUUUCAACUUCAACACAUUCGUUUUUACAUUUCCCAAUGUGACGACCUCAGUAGGAGGUACACUACAAACGAUUCCAGCCUUUCUCUUUUAUCAAGCAAAAGGCUAUAAAUUAUAUUUUGAUGCCAUCAAGCAACUCUUCGCUCGGCUUCAAACGUGUGACAAUGCCGAAAGCAUAGAAAAAUACGACUACGUGAAAGACACCCCCGACGUUUUAACCGCUAGUGCUCUCAUCAAUGCUCUGUCCUUCCUCAAUAAGUCCAUUCAGAUGGAUACCAUGGAAAACAUUAGGAAUACCAAAGAAUACUAUCCCUUUGAUGAGGUUUAUUACAAUUUGACAAGCGCGCUUAUUGUUCCCGUGAAAAUUUUAGUACUGGGGCUUGUUGAUGAGGUUACGAAGAACUACGCUGUAUUCGACAACAGUUCGAACAGACUUCCGUACUCCGUGUUCAAACAACUAUUGAGCGUCAUUAGAAACGUUUACAACAAUGCAUCGGAAGGCGAGGAUCACGAACUUUACGAACUGAGAUGGGAUCUUAUGCCGCCUUCCCACAGGAAAGUGCAAAUGUUGAAAGCUAGUGGAGUAGCGGAGGAAAUCGCAAGAGGGUAUCUUGAAGAGCAAAAGGAUGAUUUACCAAUUCAUGUGAAACCCGAUGUAUUUUCUGAUGAUGAGUGGAGAAAUUACAAAAGCCUAAAAAAUAGCGGUGAGUGGUAUACUGACCUGAGAGUGUUGGAGCCUCAAUACAAAAGUCUUUCUACCGUCACGGACUUGAAUGCGUUGCGCUUGGAAUUCUAUUCUCGAGGAUUUGAAGAUCGAGUUUUGCAGUUGCUCCCUGCGUACCCAAAACUAAUCAACGCUAUUUCCCACAUGAUUCUUCAAAUUCUGAAAGAUGUCGAUAAAUCCCCCACGAGUAUCGUUGCGAAGUUACUGAACAUGAUGCGUAGCACACAGCUCGAUAAUUCCUCAGUACUUGCCCCUAUGAUUCACCUAUUUGGGAUACUUCUUAAUAAUAAAGGGAUCUAUGAUGACUGCAAGGAGUACACUCAGCAGUUUGUAUCCUACCUAAAAGGAUCACUGCGCCCAGGUUACGUGAACACCGCCUGGUUUUCGAAAGCGUUAUAUGUCUAUGAGAUUAUAUUUGCCAAAGCUGAGGCACCAAAAACUGAUACUACCUCUCUCGCUUUCGAGGAAAAAUUCAACGUUACUUGUCCUACUCUUUUCAACGGCGUUGAGAUAUCGGCGGACGCAAAGCUCGAAAUAUUCAGUUCCCUUAUCCGAGUGGACGAAAUAACGGACUUCUAUUCGGCCCUCGCGAUUUCACGCAUACUUAUACUAUAUGCCAGGGAUCAACAAUAUGCAUUCGAAGUUUCCCAGUCAGGUGUACUAUCGAAGCUGCUGAAAACUAUUGGUGUAUUCCAGAAAUCAGAGAAAAUCAAUUACCUCGAGUCCUCCUUUCUUCUUCUAGCGAGACGCUGUUUUGAAAAUACCGAAACAGUUAGAAACUUGAUUCAGUAUGAACUCUCGAGAGCUUUCACGACGAGGGCGAUUGGCGACUCCAAGGAAAAGCCUCGGGACCUCUCGGGAUUGAUUUCAGAAAAAGCCAAUGUAGUCAUGCGUGACUCAGAAAUAUUUGUCAAUUGCAUCUGUGAAACGGCAAGGUUUGAAGAUUUUGACAGUCCUGAUAGAUUGCAGAAUUUGAGCGUUCGGAGAAAUUUGAAGGAGCGCGACGUGGAAAUGUCUGACAUCAAUUCUCCUGCAGAAGGCAAAUUAACUCUCAGCAACAGAACUGGUAUUGUUCACCUCCUUCUGUCCCAAUUGAUGGCUGCAUAUAAAAAGGACUGGACGUCUGAACCCCCCAGAGAAGAUAACAAUGAAGAUACGAAGAAGAAAGACGACAUCAAUGUUGGUAGAAAUCCGGUAUGUGCCUACAUCAUCUUUUUGUUGAAGGUCCUGAUUGAGCUGAUUGGCAGCUACAAGCAGAGCAAGUUGGAAUUUUUAACCUUCAACAAGAGAAAUCUUUACGUGGAAGCACCCAAGCCACGAACGACAGCUCUGAAUUUCAUCCUUUAUCAGCUACUUGAUACGGAGAGCCGCGAUCAGGACAAACAUUACUCUGAGAGAAAGGAGGUUGUUGGAAAGCUGGCCCGUGAUCUUGUCGUGGGCUUUUUGUCUUCUGUUCAAGACCAGGAGAUUCAGAAGAAGGACCCAAAGGUUACAGACCCAGACAUGACCUACAUCAGAAAAUUUACCAUCGAGUCUAUCACAAAGGCCCUGAGGGCGUCCACUAGGACUCCAAAAAACUUAGAAGCUAACGUUGGUAAGUUUUAUGGCUGGCUCCAACUCAUAAGCUCACUGUUAGUGACAGAUCGAAGCUACCUUCAUUCGGUUCUGGACUCCAACAAGACUUACGUUGACAAGUAUCAGAUCGGGAAGUUGAUGAUAGACAUGAAUGUUCCAACAACUGUCGCUGAAUGCAUGGCCACUUUAGAUUUGAAUUAUCCUUUUUCUAAACGACUUUUCAAUAAGAGCGUGGAGCCUUUAAAUGCCAUGAACGAAAUCCGGAGCAGGUUUUCUGAUCUUUUCAAAAUUGAGAACACUGAGGAAGACGAAGACGUUGACGACGAAUCUGAAAAAGAGGAGCAUUCAGAUAUGUUUAGAAAUUCUGCAUUAGGAAUGUAUGAUGUUGAAGACAUCGAGGACGACGAGGAUGACGAUGCCUCCUUGAUUGGCGAAGACGAGGAUAUAGCAUUUGUCGAAGGGGAAGACGGUGAGAUCGAAGUCGUUUUUAGUGAAGAUGAACAGGAUCAUCACCAUCAUCAUCAUCAUCGCCAUCACGAAGACGAUGCAUCAGACUCCCAGCAUGCUGGAGAAAGUGAUGGGGUAGAUGAUUCAGACGAAAGCAUGGCUUACAACUCAGAGAGUGACGAUGACCUGGAUUUGGAUUCGGACUCACAGUCGCCCGAUGAUCAUGACGAUAAUGGAAGUGACGGAUCUUCCUAUUACUCUGACGAAGAAAGCCCAAUGCGCCUUGUCGGUGUCCACGAUGAUGUUAGCGGCCAAGUUAUAGAUGUUGACUUAGGCAGUUCCGAACUGGACGAAAGCGAUUGGGAGUCAGGGCUCUCGGAACUUUCCGGCUCUGAUGAAGACAGUUCAGGUGACGACUUUAACGAUGAUGUCAAUGACGGGGAAAGGUGGCUGGCUGACGAGGUAGAUAUGGAAGAGGAAUCUGAUGAAGAAGGUAGGGGGCUUUUCACAGGAAUACAGCAUGUCUUCUCCCCUGAGCCGCAGUAUUUCCGCAUUCAUGGACAUGGGCACGGCAGCCAUCGUGGUCAGCAUCACGGAGGCCGCCGCUCUGAGUUUUCAAUGGUAGCCCCAUCCAUUAGUCUUUUGAAUGGUAAUAGACGUACGCAAAGCAUUCUCAUGAACCCCUUAGGUCCGUCAGGGCUUGAAGAGGUUGAGAACGGAAUUCUCAAUCAGUUGAAUAGCGUCGGAAACAGCAGUCGACUAAGAAACGAUACCGGCUACCUCUCAGACGUAUUGUUCAAUGGUGAGUUUUUCGAUGAGAAGUCUUCUUCUGGUAUUGUACUGAAAUCCACAACUGCUAGGUGGAACGAUAUUUAUGAAAUGUUCUAUGAUUCCAAGGUUUAUGUCAAUAACGUCAUACCCACCAUCGUUGAAAGGAUUUUCAAGCCCAGCUCUGACCUCUGCGUCAGGAAAAGAAAUGAAAGUAUCGAAAGGGAUCAAGAGCAGAAGAAGAAGCGUGAGGAAGAGAUUCGGCUAGCUGAAACCAAGAAACGAAAGGUGCAGGACGUUAACGAAGAUGAUACACAAGACGUUAAUGAGUCAGGAAAUGAUUCAGACCACAGCCCCGAAGAAUUAGAGCCCAUCAUGGUCGAUAUCGCGGGCGAGCAAGUUGAUAUCGCAGGAACAGACAUUGACCCCGAAUUUAUGAACGCUCUGCCCGACGAUAUGAGGGCGGAGGUCUUUGCUCAGCAUAUCCGUGAACGUCGCGCGGAGGCUCUUGACCAGUCUGUCGCCUCAAGAGAAAUUGACGCCGAUUUCUUGGAUACCAUACCAGAAAACCUGCGUGAGGAAAUUUUGGAACAAGAAGCAGCGGAGUCUAGAUUCUCUCGACUCAUGAACAAUGCUCAUGAACCGGAAGCUGAUCGAGCUUCUCACGACCAUCCACAAGUAGACGGUGAUGAGGAGAGUCGCCCAACAAAGAAAAAGUCGGAAAGAACUUUCUUUCCACCCUUGGUAGAUCGCUGUGGCAUUUUGGCGCUCAUGAGGUCUCUUUUCAUCUCUCAGCCCUACUUGGCCCGUGAAGCGUAUCAUGAAUUGUUUUUCCGGCUGUGUUCUAGCAAACAAAAUCGGAGCGAUAUAAUGAACAUCUUGAUGCUCAUCCUGACUGAAGGCAUCAACGAUCAGAAAUCUAUGGAAAAGGUGUACAACCUCAUUUCCAACAAAGCUUUAGGAACUCAAAAGCAAGGAAGUGGCAGGAUGCUCCCUGUUGAUUGCACACCCUUGACUCUGGCCAAUCAAACCAUCGAAGUUCUUCAGAACCUCGUAGAAACAGAAAGCAGAAUGAAAUUCUUCUUUAUCACUGAGCAUGAGAACUUACUGAUCAAUAAAACGCCUUUGAAAAAUAGAAAGGAUAUUUUCACCAAGAACAUGAAAUGGCCUAUAAACUACCUAUUUGCUCUUUUUGAUAAGAAGAUCAUUACAGAUGAAUCCGUCUUACUAGAUCUUCUCACUCGAAUCUUGCAAAUCAUAACAAAGCCUAUUUCAACAAUCGCUAAAACAUCAAAUGAAGGAUCGCAGAAAAAGUUCAGUGUCCCUGAUAUUGAGAGGAAACAUCUUGAGGCAGUGGUCUCUGUGAUUGGCUUGGACGCUUGCAACACCAAGGUUUUUCAACAGGUUCUCAAUAUCAUGACACAUUUGUCAACCAUCAAAGGGACACAGGAAAUUUUUACCGCAGAAUUGAGCACUUUAGCAAUUCAGACUGUGAAAGUUUUGAUGCCAGACUUGGAUGCAUUAAGGUCUGAAAUCUGUGAAGUGGAGAGCGGUCUCGAGAUAAAUUAUGAAACCAUACAAAAAUUUACAGUGCACAGUUCUGAUCAAGCCAAGCUUUUGAAAGUGCUUACCGCAAUUGAUUACAUCCAUACGAGCAAGAAGAAGCCUGGCGAGAUCAAUGUCGAUGCACUCAUGCGCCUCUAUGAUGACAUCAAACUGGGCGGAAUUUGGACCUCUCUUGGGCAUUGCCUCGAGCAGUUCGAGCAACGUCCUGCUUUGAGUUCCUCCGCAAACAUUUUACUUCCACUAAUUGAGUCUUUGAUGGUCGUUUGUAAGCAUAGCAAGGUCAGGGAUUCUAAAGACACCUUGAAAUACGAGGAAAGAAAAUCUGACUUCAGUGAGAUUGCUGCUGAAAACACUUUUUUCGCUUUCACGGAUUUGCAUAAGAAGCUGCUAAACCAAAUGAUCAGGUCCAACCCAAAACUCAUGAGCGGGCCCUUUGCUCUACUUGUCAAGAAUCCCAAAAUACUUGACUUUGAUAAUAAAAGGUACUACUUUAUCGCCAAGUUACGAACAAACGUUCAGGAGAAACCUAAGCUGUCUAUUUCUAUUCGGAGAGAUCAGGUCUUCUUGGAUUCUUACAGGUCGCUUUUCUUCAAGUCAAACGAGGACAUCAAGAAUUCGAAGCUCGAAAUCACUUUUAAGGGCGAAGCUGGCGUUGACGCAGGCGGUGUGACGAGAGAAUGGUAUCAAGUUUUGUCUCGUCAGAUGUUCAACCCUGAUUACGCCCUGUUCCUACCUGUUGCUUCUGACAAGACGACCUUCCAUCCUAACCGGACGUCUGGAAUUAACCCUGAGCAUCUAUCAUUCUUCAAAUUUAUCGGUAUGAUUAUUGGAAAGGCUAUUUGUGACCAAUGCUUUUUGGACUGCCACUUCAGCAGAGAGGUUUACAAGAAUAUUCUCAGCAAGCCAGUGGCCCUCAAGGAUAUGGAAUCUUUGGAUCUCGAUUACUACAAAUCCUUGAUUUGGAUUUUGGAAAACGAUAUCACUGACAUAAUAGAAGAAACCUUUUCUGUGGAGACUGACGAUUACGGUGAGCACACAAUUGUUGACUUGAUUCCAAAUGGACGUGACAUUCCUGUUACUGAGAAAAACAAACAGGAAUACGUCAAAAAAAUUGUUGAAUUCAAACUUCACACUUCGGUGAAAGAACAGAUGGAUAAUUUCUUGCUUGGAUUCUAUGCUAUUAUUCCCAAGGACCUAAUUUCGGUCUUUGAUGAACAGGAGCUCGAACUGCUGAUAAGCGGUCUGCCCGACAUAGAUGUCGACGAUUGGAAAAAUAACACCAAUUACGUCAAUUACACACCAACUUGCAAGCAGAUCAACUAUUUCUGGAGAGCUGUCAGGUCAUUCGACACUGAAGAGCGCGCCAAGUUAUUGCAAUUCAUCACCGGAACCAGUAAAGUUCCAUUGAGUGGCUUUAAAGAGCUCACGGGUGUUAACGGCAUUAGCAAGUUUUCGAUUCACAGAGAUUACGGAGCAAUUGACAGACUCCCUUCUUCGCACACCUGUUUUAACCAGCUGGAUCUUCCAGCUUACGACUCUUACGAGACCUUGCGUGGUUCAUUGUUACUGGCCAUAAAUGAAGGACACGAGGGUUUUGGAAUAGCCUGA